CCCAAAAAUACCCAUCGACCUUGAGCUGGGGCACAAGCUCACCGAGUGGCUCAUUAGGCCCGAAUGCCCCAAGCUCCGGCGAUGGAUAUUUAAGGUGAGGGUGGUGGCUUUCAGGACAAGUUCAGCAGCUACGACACCGCGACGCUCGAGCCCUUGUCGAGCACAGUUCUUGCUAGUAUACACGAACUUCGGAGUUGUUGUGCUUCAUCACAUACUGCCGGACCCGUCACGGGCCCCGCAUCACAGGUUUCGCGUCUCAACUUUUUCGGGCGAAUUUACGGGUGGCGAUGUUUAUCGCUUGGCUGCGACUCAAGCCGUAUCUUUUUCUAUAUAUGUGUUCUCUAUUCUGGAGUAUUUUGAUUUCUACGCGCAAGCUGAAUGCCUCCAGCAAUAUUGUUUGCUAAGGUAAAAUUUUUAAAUUGUUCUUUCUUCCUUAUUUUCCUAUUCUUUAUUUAUUAUUUUUUUUUCUAUUCGGCAACUCUCUCCUUUUUUCUUUUCUAAUGUCUGAUACUGUAAACGUGUAUACAAUGCGAUAACUAGCCCUCGCAUAACUAUAACGGGGUUAUUUGGUUAUUAGGGGUUAAUGUGAUACUUGCAACCACGUAACUUAGUGGUGGCAUUUCCUGGCAGCAAGUGCUUUCCCCACUUUGGGUAUAUAUGCACCCUUAGCCUUUCAAAUCAGUAAUUAACUGAGGCAUAUUUUUAAUAGAUCCUCUUUUGCAUGUUUCAGGUUACCGAAGGAAGACGUGGUAGCUGGUCCCCAAGAGGAAGAAUCAAUUUUCGAACCAGACACGAAUAUUAGGAGUGGCGUACAUGAUGCCAGUAUUGGAGUCACUCUUUGUUCUCAAGUGCCGGCCCCAAAGCCAUUUACAGUUCCAGACACAGAAGUUCUGCCCGUUUCACCAAUGGACACACGGGAGAAUCCACCUGAGGAUGCUGUGAAACUGCCUAUGGAACCUACUAGAGACUUCUUCCAACCGCCACAAGCUGAGUGCAAAAAGACAACUGGUCAGCAUACAAUUGUCGUUGAUCCGAUUUCAUUUGAUUCUGAUGAACCUGAACUGACGGAUCCUCAACCGAAAAAGUCGCGUCAAGCUUCUUCAUCCUCAACCGAUGAUUCCGGAUGUACACCAUUUCGCAGAGGAUUAUGCACCACAGACGUGACCUCCCCCUCAUCAGACAACGAAACACAAGAUGGAAGCCGUAAAUCAUCAGGAUCAUCAGCAAGUUCCCUGUCUGACAGCUUUCUUACGAUGGAGAACAUCGAAUGCAGGAUGAAAAGGGAUUCCAAAUACCGAUUCAUACUUGAAUUCCUCAAACAUAUAAACUUAGUCCGAACAGAUCUCCAACCGAAAUUAACAUUCAGGUCGAUAGAGAGGAAGGAGCAUUUCAUUUUCCGUAUAAGCCGCCCCGCAAGCGUAGCACUCCGCAAUGUAACCCUAAAAUUCAUUGAUAUUAAUAUGCAAUUUAUUUAAUAAACAAAUUAUUUUGUUUUCAUUGCUAUAGAAUUGAAACUGAGCUCAUACAUUUUUUACUUAGCUUAUUCAAUCUCUACGACUCUACAUCAUUACUAUAUAGUACGUUUUAUCCGAUUUAAUCUUGAGAAAGAUGAAAAAUAUCGCACAUUCAAAAUUAUUUUUUCUUCUUCUACUAAAUUUUCGAAUUU